AUGGCUACUGCCGAGUCUUCUCAAGGUUCUAAACUUCUUCAGCCCCUCAGAACUGUGUGCAUUCUUGGUGGUUCUAAAUUUGUAAAUGUUCCUCACAACAUCUAUGUUGUAAGCCAACUGGUGAAAGAGUUGGGAAAACAUAACAUCAACAUACUUUAUGGAGGAACUAGUAUCUAUUUCUUUAACAACCUCUUAAUGGCUGCUAAAUGCUUUGAUAUCCAGGUGAGAAGUAUCCUUCCUUUUUAUCUCACUUCAUCAAAGGUGGUCAAAGAUUCUGCUACUUUGAUGAUAACUCUUUCAAUUUAUGACUGCUUGAUGUCUAUGAUAUCUGGUUGUGAUGCUUUCAUCAUUCUUCCUGGUGGAUAUGGAACUUUAAUGACUACUUUUACCCUUGCUACUUGGGCAGAAAUGAAAUUUCAUACCAAACCUAUUGGUGCAGCAGCGGCUGAGGAUGGGUCGUCGUUGCUGAUAGUCGCAAGCUCGUCGGGGAAGGUCACCGGAAGUCAGGCUGGGGUGUUGCUCGCGGUGGGAGAAGAGCUCGCCUUUGGUCGGGGCGACGCUGCGCGUAUAGGAAGAGGAGCAGCGGUGGUCACGACUUGGAACUAUAGAAUGGACUCGUGCGGUCUCGGUAAAUGCUCGUAUGAAACUCUCGACAUGCGUACGAUGGAGGAAAAAUAUAUUCUAAUGUCAAGGCAUGAGAAGAGCUGGCCGGAUAUGAGGUGUUUCAAGUGUCCAAAAAUAUUUAUGAUAAUACUCCAUGUGCUCAAGAACUUGUCAUGUGGUUUGUCAAAGAAUAAAAAUUGGAAUGGAGACAAGGCUUGA